GGAGCUCGCUUGAAAUGUCGGACCGCCCUCCGUUUUUCGGCCAGCCCACCCCAACAACACAAACGCUACAUUGAGCGGAGGAAAAGGAAAAGACUGAGCACACGACAAGACGACUUUUCAUUUGAAAACCCCUCGGGGGAAAAAAAAAACAAAGAGUUCCUUUUUUCGGCAGGAGUUCGCUCCUUUGUCCAUCCGCUGGCCUCCGAUUUUUGCGGACUUUUUGCAGGCAAAAGUUUCCAGCUGUUUGCAGCUGGCAGACGCACCCGCCCUGCUCGGGAACAAGGCGCUCGUGGGAGGAGAAGGAAGGGGGUCUCGGGUUAAAAAAAAAGAGAGGGAGAAGAGAAGCGAUGGCACCCCAGCAAGCGCAACCGCAGGUGAGGCAGCACAUGGCCAAGUUCCUCCGGAGCUUCCCGGGGGUCACCCGCCUCCUGCAGAUCGUUUUCGGCGCAGGCCUGUGGGUCACCAUCGCCGCCAACAAGUACGAGGGCUCCAUCCACUUCGUCCUCUUCGUGGCGGUGCUCUUCUGGCUCCUGUGCCUGGGCCUCUUCUUCGUCACGCUGCUCGACAAGCAGGACGCCGUGCCGGUGCUCGGCGGCCCCCGCUGGCUGUGCAGUAACCUGGCGCACGACGUGGCCGCCGCAGCGCUCUACGUGCCCGCCGUAGGAGUCAUGGUGUACAAGACGCAUCGCAAUGCCUACUGUAUGGUGGAGCAGUACAAGCAUUUCUGUCUGUACAAGGUCUACCUGACGGCCGCCGUGUUCGCGUGCCUGUGUUGCCUUGCCUUCCUGCUCUCGGUGGUCUACGGCGCCUGCAGGAAGAGCCGAGGGGAGCAAACGGUCAUCUGAGGCUUUGCAACUUUUACUUUUGUUUUUUUUUCUUCGUUUGUUUGUUUUUAUUAACCACAGCAAGAUGAGGAACAAGUUAACUUCACUGGAUUUCUUUUAAUCCAUCAAAUGCAAAUGUUUUACAGUGUUACCAGCAAGGGGUGGGGAAACCUACGGCCGGUGGGCCGUAGAGAGGCUCCAAUACCGUUUCCCUUUUUUUUUUUUAAUUUAGCACAUAGAGUGGUGGCUUGAAUUACAAAUUAAAUUUCUUCAGACAUUUCAGAAAUCCGUUUUACUCAGAUGAUUGAUUUUAAAAAUAGAUCAUUAGUAAAAUAGCUAAUUGCUGGCAGAAUAUUUGGCUGCUUUAUAAUAUUUUGUCCAAUAGUAUUUCUUUAAUUACAUCAGAAAAAAAUGGCAGAUUUUUGUGGAAUGGGAGAACUUUUAAAUGGCAUAUUUAAGAGCAGAAAUUGGCACAUAACCCAUUUUGGCCUAAUUUAAAACAUCCAAUUAACUUGGUUUGAUUCAGAAAUUACAUCCUGGUGUGUCUUUAAGGGAUGUGGCAUAGUGUGUGACAUCGGGAGCUUGAGUCGGGUUGGCCAGGUAGUGUGCACGUGAGCGUCUAGGUGUGAGUUGACACGACUGGCUCUGCUCGCCCAAAUGCAAGGGCAUUUCGCUACGUCAAAUUUUGGCUUGCACCGCAAAGCACAAACACGACCAAGCGAUGGCUCAAAAUUUGAAAAACUGGAAGCACUUGUAAGUUGAGGUACCGCUGUAUUUGACUGAAGAAAAAUCUCACUACAUAGCACCCCCCAAAAAAUGGAUACACAGGUUAGUUAUUGUUAGUCUAAUAGCAUAAUUGUCUAAGUCGUUUUUAACUUACUGUCACGUACCAGUCUGCUAGCUAAAAAUUGUGUUGUUGUUGUUUGGGUUUUCUUCAGUUUGCGUGUCUAGAUUUUCAGUCAUCCAGGUCUUGCACAUCAACAACGUUUGAACCGAAGCUACUUUUCUCUUUUUAUUUGUUGAGUUUGAUAUGUGGGUGUUUUUUGUCUUCUUGUUUUUUGAAAAAACGUUCAUAAAAUGACUUGGGCAAUUAUGCUAAUAGGCUAAUGGUGUGUGCCUUCUGCCAUCUAGUGGAAAAGCAUUUCGUUUUUAUGGUCUUGUUGCUGACCAACGUGCUAUUCUUAAAUCAGAUGAAAAAGAAGUGUUAUUUUAAAAAAUCACUUGUAACACACAAAUUCUUACUAAGAUGUUGCAUAAGGUUGUUAUUUGGGAGCGGUGCCCUGCCCCUGCUUUUGAAGGUGCUUAUAGGUCCACACAAGUGGACUGUUUUCAUGCUUCCACAAACGGAUACUUACUUUUUUUUUAUUUCAAGGGAGGGGGUAGGGGGGGGGGUAAAUAUCGACUCUAGGGGUCCUCGGUUUACGGCAAAGUCCAGCGUCAUAAAGUCAUAAUUACUUUAAUAUAUGUUUAUGAGAAGCACAUCCGCCGUGUUCGGUAUCUUGGCUCUGUUUUCCUUCCACAUUCCCAAAUCAAGCAUGUUGGUUCAUUGAAGUCUCUAAACUUUUUGGGCGUUAAUGUGAACAUGAACGGUUUUUUGUAUGUAAAUGUGUGCUGUGAUUGGCUCUCUCCUCAAAGUCACCAACCAGCGAUAGGAAAAGCGGUACGGAAAAUGAAUGGAGAUGUCUAGAAUAUGACGAUUAUAUUCAACCACUGCGCUAAACAUUUGAUCGCAUGGCAUUUUUAACAUCAUAAUUGUCAUAAUUGUGCCUAUUUGUAUCCAAAACACUUUUAGGCUUUACAUAGGAGACAAUUUCAAAUGGAAUACUGGUGAAUAACUGAGCGUAUACUCUUACACCGUGCUGCAUUUGUAACCUCAAAGCCAUGAACUGAGUACCCCUUGUACUUUUUUCUUCCCAUAUGUCACUGUCGUAGGGAACAUUUUGUCACAUAUAAUGAGUGGUACAGCUGCAGAGUUUAUUAUAUCCAUUAUCCUUUCUAUAUUAUGUUUACAUGUGGGGGGGGGGGGUUAUGUACGAAUGACACCUGGCAAACACAUAACGGAUGUUACGGUGCGCGUCUUUUUCAACUGUUUUCUCAGUGCCUUCUGUCACAAUGCUGCCUACUCAAACCCUAAAGGUCGAGAUGUGAUUGACGCUGCCACAAGUGUAUUGAACCAACAAGUGUUUUUAUUGUCAAGCCAAAGAUCCAAAAGUAGAAGAAUAAAGAGCAGUAAGAGGAUACGUGA